AUGUGCCGAUUUCUCGGAUUUGUGUGCCUGUUGCUUUCGGGCACAGCGAUUUCUGUUUUCCAGAAUAGCAGCGAGCUGGCCAAGGCUCUGGAUGACGACGAAGAUGUACCCGUGGGUAGCGAUAAGGAGCUCUCGGAUUUGGUCAUCACCACGGCCUUGGGAAAAAUUCGUGGCACCAUGUUGCCCUCGCAAGCGGGUCGCAACUUCUAUGCCUUCCGGGGCGUUCCCUAUGCCAAGCCGCCCGUGGACAAUCUGCGCUUCAAGCCGCCGGAGCCCGUUGAGCAAUGGUUUGAUGUAUUUGAUGCCACCUUCGAUGGACCCAAGUGCCCGCAGCCGGGACUGGUCAGCGAGGACGUGAGCGAGGAUUGCCUCAGGCUGAAUAUCUACACGCGCCAGCUGCCCACUGAAUCGGAGCCGAAUCCCAGGAAGCCCGUCAUUGUAUUCAUACAUCCAGGUGGAUUCUACUCGCUGUCCGGCCAGAGCAAGAACUUUGCGGGUCCGCAGUAUUUCAUGGAUCGCAACCUGGUGCUGGUAACCUUUAACUAUCGGCUGGGCACAUUGGGCUUCCUGGCCACUGGCACAGAGGAGGCGCCCGGCAAUAUGGGUCUGAAGGAUCAGGUGCAGCUGUUGCGCUGGGUGAAGCUGCACAUCUCGCGCUUUGGCGGCAAUCCAAACGCAAUCACAGUGCUCGGCUAUGGCGCGGGUGCCAUGGCCGUCACACUGCACAUGGUGUCGCCCAUGUCACAGGGUCUCUUCCAGCGCGCCAUCGCGAUGAGUGGAGCUGCAACGGGCCAGUGGUCGUUGCCUGAGCAUCAAAUUGACGUGGCCAAGAAGCAGGCGGCACUGCUGCAUUGCAACACGGAGGACAUGAAAGAAAUGAUGCUCUGUCUGCGUGAGAAACACUACUUGGAGUAUGCAAACACCCUGCCCCACAUGUUUGACUUUGGGCGCAACAAUCCGCUGAUUCUGUGGAAGCCCGUGGUGGAGCCAGACUUUGGACAAGAACGUUUUCUGGUUGAGGAUCCCGUGCGCAGCUAUCAGAAUGGCAACUUCAUGAAGAUACCCAUCAUAACGGGCAUGACCAAGGAUGAGUUUGUGGGUCCAGCUAUAUCCAUAUUGCAAAGUCCUUCCUUGCUUGCCGCUUUCAAUGACAACUUUGAGGCGCUGGCUCCGAUAUGUUUCCUCUACAAUGCCAGCAGUCCGCGUGCCAAGAAUAUCAGCCAGGAAUUGCGGCAAUAUUAUUUUGGUAAUCUGCCGCUCGAGGCGAACAGCUCGCUGCAGGCUCUGGCCACACUCUACUCGGAUGCCCUGACGGGCUUUGGCAUACAUCGGUUUGUGCAUCUGGCAGCUCGUGCCACGAAGGUGUACCACUAUCGUUUUGCCUACCAGGGCGGACGCAGUCACAUUCAUUACCCCGAGGAGGCGCCCUAUGGCACAGUCCACCACGAUGAUCUAAUGUAUUUGUUCGUGGAGCCCUCGAUUAGCCGCAUGUUCACGGAAGACGAUGACGAAUUUCGCAUGGUCGACUUAAUGACGCGCAUGUUCACCGCCUUCGCCUACAAGGGCGACCCCAACAAGCCCACCGAUGAGAUAUUGCGCGACAUUCGCUGGCGCCCGUUCAGCUUUGGGAAGCGCUACUAUCUGGACAUUGGCGAGGAGCUAGUCCUGCAGGAGGGCCUCAAUGCGGCACGCUACGAGAUCUGGAAGCGUUUGUUUCCCCUCAAUUGGCGACGUCAGACCAAGGAGCGCUGGCUCACUCCAUACAUUUGA